AUGGCACCAAUAGAGAUUGGGACACUUUACUAUGUUGAGGAAGCGAUUUACAAGGCUGAAAAGGCCUUAGUCACAGCCAAGUUUGCUGGCCUUUCAAUGCUGACCAAAAAGUUCGACCCUGUGAAGGACUCGAAGAAACCAGACUUUUUGGCAUACAACCCGACUGGCAAGGUUCCUUACCUUGAGACGGAGAGAGGCUGCAUAUUUACCUCCAAUGCUAUUGCAAGAUAUGCGGCACGCAGCCGCCCUGACUUGGCGCUCUAUGGGUCUAGCUUCGAUGAGGAAUGUGACAUUGACAGUUGGUUGGACUUUGCGUUGCAUGAGGUGGAGGUUCCCUUGAUGACCUGGGUCUACCCUGUGUUGGGUAUGAUGGAGGACGUGCCAAAAGCGACCAAAGAUGCGCAGGAAGAUGUCAAGAAGGCGCUGAAAGUUUUGGAAGAUCAGCUGAAAACAACGGACUUCUUAGUGGGAAGUUCCGUGAGCCUGGCGGACAUCACCCUGGUGUGCUCACUCAAAGAGGGCUUCAAGAGGGUCUUCGAUGCAAGCUUCCGGAAGCCGUUUCCAAAGACAUCUGCGUGGUUCGAGAAGUGCUGUAAAAUGCCGCAGUUCAAGUCUGUUCUUGGCGAAGUGAAGCUGUGUUCCACUGCUGAGAAGCCGCGUGCGAUUUUACCAGCCUUUGCACCCAACCCGCGCGACAAGGCCAAAGGUGCUACAAAGGAGGCACCAAAGGGCGAGAAGAAGGCAGAGGAGAAGAAGCCAAAGGAAGAGAAGAAGAAGGAAGAACCGAAACCAGCCGCCACAAAAGCAGCACCUGCGCCCGCCGUCGUGGCAAGCGGGGACAUCGACGCAGAGAUCACUGAGUUGAGCAAUAAAAUUCGGCAGAAGAAGGAGCAGCUGAAGGCUCAAGGCUACAGUGGAAAGAAGUGUGACCAGGACCCAGAGGUGAAAGAGCUGGUUGAGAAGCUACUGCAGCUGAAGAGUGCGAAAGCCACAGGGGCAGCCGCGCCCGCUGCGCCGGCACCAGCGGCUCCAGCCGCACCAGCAGCACCAGCUGCUGUGCCUAAUGGCGCAGACCUGGAUGCUGAGAUUGCAGCUUGGGGCAAUAAAAUUCGAGUGAAGAAGGAGCAGCUCAAGGCUCAAGGCUACAGUGGAAAGAAGUGUGACCAGGACCCGGAGGUGAAAUCCAUGGUCGAGAAGUUGCAAGAGCUGAAAAGCCGAAAGUGA